AUGCCUUCUCCGCCAUCAGCGACCGCUCGGAAGCCGAGCAGUAAGCUAACGAGCCUCGCGUGGUACGUAUUCAAGCUCAGCUUUGGACUUCUUAGCCUAGCGACGACCUGGGUCAUGGUUGCGUGGAAAAAUGGCGUUUUCCAACCCAAGGACACGGAGGAGGAGAAGCAGGAGCUAGAGAGUGCGCAGCAGAAGUACUGGAGCCUCGACCGCGAGCCAUUCCCAAACUUCAGACACGCCUUCUUCACCACGACCACCGGCGUCAACAUCCACUAUGUUGUCAAUGCCAGCAUUGAAGCUCCUCCGUCACGUAACGUAGCCGUCUUCGUGCACGGCUUCCCAGACUCUUAUCUACUAUGGCGGCACAUCAUGCAGACUCCUGCGCUGCAACAGUCUCAUACACUCGUCGCAGUCGAUUUGCCUGGAUACGGUGGUAGCGACGGUUUGACCGAGUACGGCCCUUUCGAGGUACUCGAGGCGAUGACCGAGUUCAUUAUCGGUGUCAGGCAACAGUUCCUCCAGGAGGACAGAAAGUGUGUAGUUGUAAGCCACGACUGGGGAGCGCUCAUCUGCGCUCGACUUGCGUCUGAGGCGAGCGAGUUGGCUGAUCACUGGAUCAUCACGAGUGGAAUCAUCCCUCACGCAACCGCUUACAACGCCUCCUCCCAAUGGACACUAGCACGUCAAAUGAUGCGCACAUGGACCGGUCAUCCCUUCAACACCUCUCUUCCCAAGAACGCUCUGCGAGCUUUUACGCCAGUGCUCUCGCAAUUCAGCCGCUCCUUCUACAUCUUCUGCUUCCACCUGCCGGCCCCGCUCGACUCGUUCUUCACCUCCUUCGGCAACUACUGGUUCCUGCGCAUCAUGCACAGCCUGGGUCUUGGUCCACACGAGAAAGGCGACGACCUGCUUACCCGACUGGAUCCCAGAGCUGCAGCAGAAUCCAUGUGCAUGUCUACCGGUCCCGCACUACCACAGCUGCUAGACCAGCCAGUCGGCGGACCCACAGGUCGGUAUGGCGAGUCUGUGCGACGCAGAAUCAAGGACCGCGGCAUGUCGGAAAAGAUUAGAAUCUACCGUGAAGGCCUGUUCAUCGGGCGAUGGGAGAAGUCGCUAGAGACCACUGCCGCACUAUUCGAACUACGCUCUGGGAACGACAAGUCAUCUAGCUCAUCGCCGAAGGGCGCUUUCAAAGCUCCGGCCACGCUUGUGCUCGGGGAGCGCGAUCCGGCGUUCGAUUUGAGGCUGGCGCUUGACAAUGUGAGGGACUAUCUGGUCAAGGGGAGCCAGGUGUUGGUGGUCAAGGAGGCGGGGCACUGGAUGCCUACUGAGCCCACGGCUAGAGUCGUGUUGGAGCAGUUGGUGCUGUGGGCGUUGAGCGAUGAAGCUGGUGUGGGCAAGACGACGCCGUUCGCGGGAAUGAUCAAUGUCAAUGUUGUCGAGGAGUUGUGA